AGUGACAGAUUUGAUAGAACUUUAGAAGGACAUCUCUGAGAAGUGUACGCAGAGACGGGCUUCUAAAAGCCUGGCAAUAAGCCUGGCAACGCCACUAUCAUUUAUAUUUGCACAAAAUUUGAUGCUAUUCUACCAGAACUAUACCGGCAGAAAACCCGUCAUAAAAUACGCAGAUCAACGUUUGAAGGAAGUUAUUUUCCAGUAUCUGAUAUCAAUACAGAGCUACAAUGGAGACGAUUAUGGACAGUUUCACGUCGGAAAAACUUUUUCCUAAUCCCAACUUGUUGGAUUUCGAGGAUUUGAAUGAAACCGAUUUACUCAGCAAUGUGCACUUCUCGGAGCACAUGGAGGAUUUCUCCAACGAGCUCUUCAGCAGUUUCUUCGAUGAUCACCUGCUGGCAGAGAGGAAUCCCCUGCUGGACAUGGAGCUGGAUCCCCCCAAUCCUGACAUCCAGGCUGAGCACAGCUACUCCUUGAGUGGAGACUCUGCCCCACAGAGCCCUUCUAUGCCAAUCAAGAUGGACGAGGAAGCAGAAUCAGAAAGUAUGUGGUCCUUCAGCCAAGAUCUAACAGCCAUCCUGGUGAAACAGGAGCCCAGGCUGCCAUGCCCCUCUCCCACCCCAACCCACCCUGCAGAGCCGCUUAUGCUGGCCCUUCCAUCCCGGAGGUCACACACUGAGGACACGGCCUUCAAAGAUGUCCAUAACAUGCCUGUGAUAAAGACGGAGCCGCGAGACGGCCAUCAGCUCAUCAGCGCCAAUUCAGAUGAGCGACUGCAGCUGCCCCCCACCCCUCCCAGCAGCCACAGCAGCGACAGCGACGGCUCGCAGAGUCCCCGUUCCCUGCCCCCGCCCAGUCCGGCUCGCCUACAGCCUCGCACCUCUGCUGCCAUUUCGACAUCCCCCCUCCUUACGGCCCCCCAUAAAUUACAGGGUACCUCAGGACCCCUGGCGUUGACAGAGGAGGAGAAGAGAACCCUGAUAGCAGAAGGCUACCCUGUCCCAAACAAGCUGCCCCUCACCAAGACCGAGGAAAAGGCGCUCAAGAGAGUCCGCCGGAAGAUCAAAAACAAGAUAUCAGCCCAGGAAAGCCGCAGAAAGAAGAAGGAGUACGUGGAAUGCCUGGAAAAAAAGGUUGAGACGUACACGUCAGAAAACAGUGAGCUCUGGAAGAAGGUGGAGACAUUGGAGAGCGCAAACAGAUCUCUGCUCCAGCAGCUCCAUAAACUUCAGUUCCUGGUAGCUGGGAAGGUUCCUCGCUCAUGCAAGGUGGCCUCCACACAGACCGGGACCUGCCUUAUGGUGGUGGCACUGUGCUUUGUCCUGGUUCUGGGCUCCUUCAUGCCGUGCCUACCUGAGUUUGCUUCAACGCCUCACACCGUGCAGCCCGCCACUUUAUCCUCAGCUGAGGCCUUUACAGCCAGUCCGGUCCGUUCCCGUAGCCUCCUAUUUUACAAGGAGGGCUCCCUGCAAGAUGAAGGCUAUGGGCAUUUCCUAAAGAUGGGGAACACAGAUGACUGGGAAGGGGUGCCUGCUGAAUUUGCUGAAGAUGGACCACCCCAGGCUUCCCAGGGGAAGCAUGAGACCUCCAAGUACCUGAAGCAGGCCCAGACAGACUACAACAAGACAGCUUCUGAGUUUCCCAGUGAUGAACAGCGCUUCUAUGAAAGAGAAGCACCCCCUGAUGGCAGUACAGAGUACUUCUAGCCCCUCUGCAGGCACCUGGUGGACACCCACCUCAUGUGGACUGUAAACUAGACCAUUUUCCAUCCCAUGCAACACAGUGCCCCCUUCAGCCCAGGAAAGUUUUUGUCAUGCUGCUAAGAAAAGGCACCCAAAUACAAUGAUGAAGAAGCACGAUACCUGGCUCUUUACAAAAAUUUCGCAGACAAUCAUAUCCGAAUAUUUAUUUCCAUGCUUUCUGACUUUCUGCUAUGUACAAUACAGUGACAUGUUUCUGUUUGAUUUUUUUUUUUUUUUUUGGGGGGGGGGGGGAUGUAAUUAGGCAUUUCUCAAAAAAAUCUGAACCAGAUAUUUUUUGUUCAGUUCUGUAUGAGUCAAUGCAACAUCUGCCUUAAGAUGAGAGAGGCACUCUGGACAGAUGUGUGUGUUAUAGUGACAUACAGGUUAUGUGCUCUAGGUGGCCGAAACUGCUUAACACGAAUUCGUUAGCAGGUGUUUCGUAUGACACCACAGCCAUGUUAGAUUGCAUGCUUACAUUCCCAGUUCCGGGCUCCAUUCAAACAGCCUCAUUUUUCAUGUUGUUUCUAUUUCUGAUAAUUGAUUACAUCUAGUGUUAAUGUCCUGCUUCUGUAUGUUCACAUCUCCAGGUUUUGAAUGUAGUUCAUCCCAAGGCUCUUCUUCAGUACAUUUUUAAAGAAAUAUUAUUUUGUUAUCUUUUUUGGAAAUUCUUUAAUGUUUUAUUAUGUGAAAGCCAAGAGAUGUAUUUUUAUGGAUUUUGAAAUGUCAUAUACCUGUAAUAUAUUGUAUUAGGCAGCAAAUAGAAAAACAAAAAAUUUUCUCAUGUAAAUAAUAGUGAUGUCAUGAUUACAUGAUCCUUUUGUUCUAACUGUCAAACAGUUUGACUGCUUUUUUUCUUUAUUUCUGUGUCAAGAAAAAUUUGUAUAUUGAGAGCUAUAUGAAUAUUGUGGCAUAUUCAUUCCAAACGGCAUCAAACUAGAAAAAUGCACACUGUAUUUUAGAAACAGAACUGGAUAGAUUUUGAAUUGUGUGUACAAGUUAAGGACCUGUUCAUUAUUUUAGACUGUUAUAUUGGCUGUGUUAUUUGUUUUCCCUUGUAUUGUAGUUUUAUUUAAUUUCCUGAAAACAGUCCUGUAUCCCAGGUCUUAAAUCUCUGUCAAUGAAAAUCCUUUGAGGAAAAAAAAAUGUCUUUCUUUGGAAACUUUGGUGUCAGGAAAGUGUCCUCAUUCAACAUGAUGAAUGAUCCUUUGUGGAAUAUAUCAGGCACGGCACAGCUCCUGGUUAACUGAAUAGGUGGUAUGCAGAUGUGAGAGUUUGUGCAGAAUGAUGUGAACGUGUGAGUGGACGUCCGGCCGGGGACAGGAACAAGAGUCUCUGCCAGUUAUGCUUUCUACAUAUGAUGGUUUUGAUCCUCUUGUAAUGUGACUGGAGAUGCGUGUAUUUCAGGUAAUCUCACUGUCGGUUCACACAACAUUGAUUAAUGUGAAAUGUCAAUUUUGCGGGUUCCUUGUGGAUUUUUCCUUUUAUUGGUACAUAAAUUAUCUGUGCUGCGACUUUUUUUAUUUGAGUGAAAUGCCAACAAUGACUCUUAUCCAUGACACCCACCCCCUCAGCAGCCCCCCAUUGCACCCAUUUUAUUUGGACGUCACCCUCCGUCAUGUCCCCAGGGCUUAAGUUUAUGGUAAUAUAUUCUACUACUGCUUUCCUAUGCAAGGAACUGAUUCGCCAUUCCUGACUCCUUCAUGUAUACGAUAAGUAAAAUGGAAACUGUAAAUAGGGGAUGUAUUUUUAUAUUUCAAAAGGUUUUUAGUAUUUGACGUUGCUCAUUUUGGAAAUGAUGACCAGACUCGCUGUACAUGAACCUGCAUGUGUUUGAAUGUUAUUUUUGCCUUUCUUAAUUUUCCAUCUUUUGUAUUCUUUUGUAUAGAAGUAGCAUGAAGCAAAAUAUAAAACUGCAUCAGCAA